AACCUAGUCAAUUUAAACAAAGAAGAAACGUAGGCGAAAUUUGGUGUGAGAUAGCUUAAGUGCCACUUCCACACCCACUGCUAUCGGGAUCUUCUCCACUCUUUCCCUCCCUCAGCCCUUCUAACAUUGCAUUUUCUGUCUUCGUUGUUUCUACUUCUGUUUUCUUCCUUCCAGUAAAAUGCAGAAUCCAGAUGCAAAUCAGCUUCCUGAAGUUGAUUCAUUGCCAGAUGGGUUUGUUGAGAGUACUACUGAGCCUUCUGCUCCUGCAACUCCAAAUCCUGAACAAGAGAAGCCCCUGAAUAGUUACAAGGAUGAUGUUUCCUCUAACUUUGGUCAUUCUAAUGAAUCAUUGAAUGAAUUGGGAGAGAAAGAGUUCCAAAACAAUCACGACAGCUUAGUGGAGGUUCCUUGUAAUAGCUGUGUGCAGCAGACAGAAGGUGCACAGAUUAUAGCCCCCAUAGAUAAUUCUGUUUCUGACCCUCUGCUAUCCAAAUGUUGCGAGGUAAAUGAGCAACAACAAGGACAAUGUGAAAGUUCAGAUAGAUCAGCAACUGUUGUACCUUCGGAGACAAAAGCACUGCCUGUAAUGAAGGCGUGCUCACAAGAGAUUGCCGAUCCUUCAAAAAACAGAAAACCAGAAACGGGUGAAAAGCGCAAGAAUUCAAAGCGUACACUUAAAUCAGAAAAGGAUCUGUUAGAAUUUACACUGAAGUAUCAACAAGUUUUGGCAGAAAGAGAUGCAGUGCUUGCUGUCCGAGAUAAGCUUGAGUCACUGUGUCGGGAGUUACAACGUCAAAAUAAAAUGCUGAUGGAAGAAUGCAAACGUGUAUCAACUGAGGGACGAAACUUGAGGCUGGACUUGUCAGCCAAAUUUCAAGACGCAAUCAAGGAUGUGAGCAAUAAGCUUGAAGAACGAAAGGAUGAAUGCCUUUCUCAGCUAAAGGAGAAUGACAUGUUAAGAAACAAGCUAAAGCAGAUUGCUGAACAAUAUGAACUAUCUGAGCAGCAAUAUACCCAGAAGUUGAAACAAAAGUCAUUGGAACUCCAGCUUGCUGAUUUAAAAAUUAAGCAACAUGAGGAAAAAUUGGUUCAGGAACAGUCACAGAUAAAAUUAUAUGCAGAACAAGUAUCUCAGUUAUUAGCAACUGAGAAGAAUUUGCGAUUGCAGCUGACAACUGAUGGAGAAAAAUUUCAACAAUUCCAGGAAGCAUUGACAAAGAGCAAUGAGGUUUUUGAAACGUUCAAACAAGAAAUUGAGAAGAUGGCAAAAUCAAUCAAAGAACUCAAGAAGGAGAAUCAAUUCUUGAAGAGUAAAUCUGAGAAGUCGGAUAUUACACUUAUAGAGUUGGUUGAUGAGCGUGAGCGCUUGAAGAAACAACUGGAGAAAACAAAAAAUCAGAAAGAAAAACUGGAAUCACUAUGCCGCUCACUUCAGGCAGAAAGGAAGCAAAGUUCCUCUAGCAAUAGCACAUGAAGAAGUGAUGGUUCCAAACCUUUUUAGAAAGUAACUUGUGGAAGGAAUUGUAUUAUUGUAAUACCUUGUUUAUUUCUUGCUUAGUGCCAUGGCUUGGUUUGUCAGGGACGUUGCAUGCAGUCACAUAAUUGUGAUUCUUUUACUGACUUAAUAUCUUUAUCAAUUUCAAGAUUUCAAACACAUUUAUC